UUCUAGUGUGCGUGUAUUGAGUUGUGUAUGUGUGCUUAGGGGCAAAAAGCAAAAUAUUCCAUUUUUCUAGCAAUUUACCAAUUUUUGAGCAUUUUUGCGAAUUUAUUUAGAUAAAAUUUUACAUCUUUGACCCCAGAGGUAUUCCAAAAUACCGGAAAAGAGGUCAGGAAACUCGAUAAAAGGCGGAAAAGUGAAAGUGAAAACGAAAGUGAGGUUAAGGUUUCGUGUGUUUUCACUUUUUUUCACGGAAGCUGAAUUUCUUAAUUGAACGUCUAAUUUGCACUUUUUCUGCAAAAUCACUCACGCAAAAAUGAGUACGGAGAUGAAGACAGAUUCAGGGCAAACGACAAAUCGUCCGGAGGACAUGUCCACGAAGAAUUCCCUGCUUAUCCUUGCCGGGAUAUUUAUCACAAGCGCCGUGGCAAUGUUCUAUGUCUACCUGAUGUUUCCGGAGUUGGAUGAAUCUGAGAAGGAGCACCUGAGGAUUCCGUGGGAUAUUGAGGAUGCAAAGCUUCUUGGUUUGGUGCUGGAUCGAUACAAGGAUAGAUAUUACUUUGAAGUCAUGUUUGGGAUCAUCCUAGUCUACAUUUUUUUGCAGACAUUUGCAAUUCCGGGAUCACUUUUUCUCUCAAUACUCAGUGGAUUUCUCUUCAAUUUCCCGGCUGCCCUCAUCCUCGUGUGCUUUUGCUCCGCCCUGGGGGCCACAUUGUGUUACCUGCUAUCUCAGCUUGCCGGUCGUCGCCUGGUUCGACGUUUCUUGCCCGAAAGAGCUGCACUGUGGUCACAACAGAUCGAUAAACAUCGUGGGAAUUUGCUUAGCUACAUGCUCUUCCUCCGUAUGACACCUUUCCUGCCCAAUUGGUUCAUAAACCUCGUGGCUCCCGUGAUAGGAGUACCCCUCUUCCCAUUUGCCUUUGGGACAUUCUUCGGGGUUGCUCCACCCUCAGUGAUUGCCAUUCAAGCAGGAAAGACUCUCCACACGAUGACAAGCUCAAGUGAUGCAUUCUCUUGGACAUCUGUGUGUGUCCUUGCCGUCUUUGCUGUGCUCUCCCUCGUUCCCGUUCUCCUAAAGAGCAAACUAAAGGCUAAACUUGAGUAAAAAAAAAGCCCCCAAAUGGGCACGCUUCAAUCUCCUAAAAACAAAAGAAUCCACACCAAAUGUAUUUUUUAGUCGAAUUGGCCGAGGGAAUGAGCACGCACGUGAGUUUGUUUCCUUAUCACUAGAGAAAAAUAUAUUAUAUUUUGAAUUUUUGUUGAUGUAAAAGA